CCCGCAAAAACCGACGAGUCGGAACCGAAAAAAAGUUCAGAGCCGUGAACUUUUUUUCGAUUUCUGCGGGAUAUCGUUCCACGCGACAUUUUAUGGCGCACAGCGGCAUUCUUUUGUUUUGUUUACUUCUGCCUUUUUUGAAGUGACAGAAGGUUGAGUAGGUGUCAGUUUUCAUCCGAUUUGUGUAGAUUAUAGUCGUAUUUUCUGUGUUAAGUUGUUCUGGAUAUUCACCUACCUACGCAUCAGUAUGGAACGUGCAAUGAGAGAUGAAGAUGGAGAAAUGAGUGGAGAAAUGGACUUCAACGAAUCAAUAAUUGAAGCAGUCAGGAAGUACCCAGGUUUGUGGGACAAAAAGUCGAAGGACUAUGCAAAGAAAAAGACUGUAAAAGAUCUUGAUUGGCAAAGAGUGGCAGCUGAGUGCAGAUGUGAUGUGCAAGCUGCCAAAGAGAGGUGGAAGUCUUUGCGGGACUACUAUCUGGCCAGAAAAAGGAAGACUCUGCCCAGUGGAUCAGCAGCACCUGCAGGUGGCCAUCAGCACCUAGGACCCUAUGGGAAUAUGCUCAGAUUUCUGGACCCCAGCACCCAGCGUGGGCCUACAACCUCAUCCAUGACCUUCCGGCUGGAUUCACAUGGAGGCGGAGAUGAUCCUGGAGGUGAUCCUGGGGCUGAGACCAACACUCACCCUCACAUCCUGUAUCUUGAAGAUACCCAAUAUGAAAUUGAAGUGACUGAGGAGAACACAGACGACACACCGCACUCACAUGAUACAACACAAAACACAUCGCGCGCUGACUACACUGAAAACACACCGCGCGUUCUGAGCACACGAAACGCACCGGCACAAAACACAUCGCGCGCUCACCACACUCAGCACACAACGCGCGCUCUGGGCACACAACACACACCGGGCACACAAGGCACACGGCUCGUGCACGACACAACGCACGCUCUGGGCGCACAAAACGCACCGACACAAAACACGCAGCGCGCCCACCAGACUCAACACACAACACGCGCUCCGAGCACACAACACACACCUGGCACACAAGAUACACCGUCCGCUGACGACACACACACACCGCGUGGCCAGGACACACAAGGUACAUCGGAUACACAAGGUACACCGCGCACCACAUCGGGCACACGAAGCAAGCGCAAAACAACAGACAUAGACUAUGCUAUCUUGGAGGAGCUAGAUAGGAGCAGGAGACAACAAUCUGACAGGGACUACACAUUCUGUAUGAAUGUGUAUGCUGAGCUGCAGCACAGGAGUGAGGCCACCAAAAAACUGAUCAAACGUGCGUUCCAGCAGAUCCUUGAUGAAUACGAGGACUGAAGGACACCCAUAAGUCACUGAGACUGCGACGUGUUUGUAUGUGUGGCUGUGGUUGAUUUUUUUUUUUUUUUUGUUUAACUAACUGGUGCCUUGACGUUGAUGCCUACGUGUGCAGACAACCUGUUUUGCCGUAUGUAUCUCUAUGGAUAUUUAUUUUGUAGCUGACGACGUUUGUUAUGUAUUGUCCUGGCGUUUAUAUCCGCAGGGAUGAAGGACAGACUGCCUUUUCUGCGAUAUUUACCUAUGGCUGUUAUUGUUCAAUUUGGAGUUGACAACGUUUGUUUUGUCGUUGCGUUGAUAGCCACAGCCCACAAGGACAGACAGCUUUCGUUAAGUCGUCUGUCCCUGUGAUAUAAGUUGUUCGUUUUGGUUAGCAACAGCCAACAGUAGUUUGUUGCUGACAUUCAUUCAAUACAUGGCUUUGCCGUGCUUG